CAUGGUGCGUCAUUGGAGAGGGACGAUGAUGGCGGCGGUCGGUGCACCAGAAGUGAUCACACAGCUGGAAAGCGCUGCCAAAGUUUUAAUGGCACCGCCGUCCAUGGUCAGCACAGAACAGAGGCAACAUGCAGAACACGUGUUCCUCUCCUUCAGGAAGUCCAAAUCUCCUUUUGCUAUCUGCAAGCACAUCUUAGAGACCAGUAAGGUCGACUAUGUACUGUUCCAGGCAGCCACAGCCAUCAUGGAAGCUGUUGUGCGGGAGUGGAUCCUGCUGGAGAAGGCCAGCAUCGAGUCGCUGCGGACAUUCCUCCUCACCUACGUCUUACAGAGACCCAAUGUGCAGAAGUACGUCCGUGAGCAGAUCCUUUUGGCUGUGGCGGUCAUCGUGAAGAGAGGCUCUCUCGAUAAAUCCAUCAACUGCAAAAGCAUCUUUCUCGAGGUCGGACAGCUCAUAAGCAGCGGGAACCCCACAGUGCAAACUCUGGCCUGCUCUAUCCUGACGGCACUGCUCAGCGAGUUCUCCAGCUCCAGUAAAACCAGCAGCAUCGGCCUCAGCAUGGAGUUUCACGGCAGCUGCAAGCGAGUGUUCCAGGAGGAAAGCCUGCGUCAGAUCUUCAUGUUGACCAUGGAGGUACUGCAGGAGUUCAGCCGCAGAGAAAACCUCAACGCCCAGAUGUCGUCUGUCUUCCAGCGUUACCUGGCUCUGGCCAACCAGGUCCUCAGCUGGAAUUUCCUGCCACCCAAUCUGGGGCGCCACUACAUCGCGAUGUUUGAGGCCACGCAGAACGUCACGUUGAAGCCUGGGGAGACCUGGAGGGAAGCGCUGCUGGACACCCGUGUCAUGGACCUCUUCUUCACCGUGCACAGGAAGACUCGGGAGGACUCAGACAUGGCACAGGACUCGCUGCAGUGCCUGGCCCAGCUGGCCUCCAUGCACGGGCCCAUCUUCCCAGACGAGAGCGCCCAGGUCUCCUACCUGGCUCACCUGGUGGAGGGCCUGCUGAGCAUGAUAAAUGGGAUUGAGAUCGAGGACUCGGAGGCACUGGGCAUCUCCAAUAUCAUCUCCAAUCUGAUCACCAUGUUUCCUAGAAGUAUUUUAACAGCACUACCCAGCGAUCUCUUCACUUCCUUCAUCAACUGCCUCACUCUGCUCACCUGCUCGUUUGGACGCAGCGCCGCCCUGGAGGAGGUGCUUGAUAAGGACGACAUGGUUUACAUGGAGGCCUAUGACAAGCUGCUGGAGUCCUGGCUCACGCUCGUCCAGGACGAGGAGCAUUUUCCUCGCGGUUGUUUCGUGCAGCCGGCGAUCCAGGUCUUCAACUCGUAUAUCCAGUGUCACCUGGCUGCUCCUGACGGCACACGCAACCUGUCAGUGAAUGGCCUAUCGUCUCAUGAUGAGGAGGAAAUCAAUGAGCUGCAGGAAGAUGACAGGGAGCUGUUCUCAGACCAGCUCUCCAGCAUCGGCAUGCUGGGACGUGUAGCUGCUGACCACUGUAUCCCCCUGCUCACAAACCUGUUGGAGGACCGGGUGACACGGCUUCACGGUCAACUCCAGAGGACACAGCAGCACCUCAUGGCGACUUCUGACCCUGGAUCAAUGGACCGCAAAUACCUGGACGACCUCUACGAGGACAUCCACUGGAUCAUACUGGUCUCAGGGUAUGUGUUAGCAGACGACCCUCAAGGUGAAACUCCGUUGAUCCCCUCAGAGGUGAUGGAGUUCUCCAUCAAACACUCAACAGAGGUCGACAUCAACACAACGCUGCAGAUGCUGGGCUCGCCGGGGGAGAAGGCUACAUCCAUACCAGGCUGCAACAACACAGACUCCGUCAUUAGGUUACUGUCAGCGGUGCUGCGGACAUCAGAAGUUGAAUCUAGGGCGACCAGAGCGAGCCUGACGGAGCUGCUGAGUCCACAGAUGGGAAAAGACAUCAUGUGGUUCCUCCGACGCUGGGCCAAGACGUACCUGCUGGUGGAUGAGAAACUAUAUGAGCAGAUCAGCGUCCCCCUGAGCACAGCAUUCGGUGCAGAUACAGAAGGGGCCCAGUGGAUUGUGGGAUAUCUUCUGGAGAAGGUGAUCAACAAUCUGUCUGUGUGGAGCGCAGAGGCUGAGCUGGCCAAUGACACAGUGGAGCUGCUGGUGACACUGGUGGAAAAGAGGGAGAGGGCAAACAUUGUGGUGCAGUGUGAGAGCUGGUGGAACCUGGCGAAGCAGUUUGCCAGUCGCAGUCCGCCCCUCCACCUGCUGUCCAGCUCUGUGCAGAGGUCACUGAUGAAGGCACUUGUCCUCGGAGGCUUUGCUCACAUGGACUCUGACACCAAACAGCAAUACUGGGCUGAGGUGCUUCACCCUCUUCAGCAGCGUUUCCUCAACCUCAUUAACCAGGAGAACUUCGCUCAGAUCAGCCAGGAAGAAGCCGUCAAACGGGAAAUCGUCGCCACGUUAGAGGCGCUGUGCGGCAUCGCAGAGGCAACGCAGAUCGACAACGUGUCCUCGCUCUUCUCCUUCCUCAUGGACUUCCUGUCCAGCUGCAUUGGCCUCAUGGAGGUUUACAGCAACACGCCCGAGACAAUCAACCUCAUUAUUGAGGUUUUUGUGGAAGUGGCUCACAAGCAGAUCUGCUACCUGGGAGAGACCAAGUCCAUGAAGCUGUACGAGGCGUGUCUGACGUUACUGCAAGUCUACUCCAAAAAUAACCAGUGUCGGAAACGAAGCGAUGCAGCGGCAGAGGAGGACCAGUAUCAGGACCUGCUGCUCAUCAUGGAGCUGCUCACCAACCUGCUGUCCAAAGAGUUCAUUGACUUCAGCGACACAGACGAGGUGUUUCGGAACCAAGACCAGGGAACACCAGCCUCCAGCCGCACGGUAUCGGCAGCAGAUGUGGUUCUUUACGGCGUCAACAUUGUUCUUCCACUCAUGUCGCAGGACCUGCUCAAGUUCCCGUCUCUGUGUAACCAGUAUUACAAGCUCAUCACCUUCAUCUGUGAGAUCUUCCCAGAAAAGAUUCCACAGCUGCCUGAAGACCUUUUCAAGAGCCUCAUGUUCUCGCUGGAGCUCGGAAUGACUUCGAUGAGUUCAGAAAUCAGUCAGCUGUGUUUGGAGGCUUUGUCUCCUCUGGCUGAACAGUGUGCCAAAAACCAGGAGAAAGACACGCCUCUCUUCAUCGCCACCCGUCACUUCCUCAAGUUGGUGUUUGACAUGCUGGUUUUGCAAAAGCACAACACAGAGAUGACGGUGGCAGCAGGAGAAGCUCUUUACACACUCGUGUGCCUGCACCAGGCGGAGUACUCUGAGCUGGUGGAGACGCUGCUCUCCUCGCAAAGAGAUGCCAUCAUCUACCAGCGGCUGGCCGACGCCUUCAACACGCUGACGGCGAGCAGCACGCCACCCACCAUGGACCGAAAGCAGAAGGUUGCCUUCCUUAAGAGCCUGGAGGAGUUUGUGGCCAACGUUGGCGGCCUGCUCUGCGUCAAAUAACCACUGGAAACCGCCUCUGCCUCGAAUCGUCAUUUUUGAAAAGCAGACCUCCUCCUCGCGCCCCCUUUCAUCCCUAUGUACUAUGGGUAAAAGAGACAGUUCUGAGGACCUUGUUGUCUCUGUGCCUGCUGGGGAAUCCAUCUCAUGCCUGAAUGUCGACCGGGUUUUCACCUCCUUGGUUUCCUUUUUUUAUUUUCACCCCACAGCCACCAUCCUGUCCUGCACCACCCCCACCAGCAUGAAUGACAGAUUUGAUAAUAAUGAUGAUGAUGAUGAUGAUGAUGAUGUGGUUACCAUAGAGACUAAACUGCAGAGCAGACAGACUCAGUUGGAGGAUCACGCCCUGUUGGUCUGAAGCGACAGAGCGCUAAGCAUCCUGACCGUGAGAGACAGAGCAGAGGCUGAUGUUGACAGGGUCCACCCCCACCCCCCCACACAGUCUCAUCGAGGGUCAAACAGUUUGCUGUUAUUGAAAAGUGAAGAAGAUUUUUCCAGUGUGAGGUUUCGUAGAUGAAGGUAGAGGGGUUUUGUGGACCCACUUCAUUUUAACAGUUUCCACUUUACAAAACACACACAUAUGCAUACACACACACUUCGCUCCAAUCCUUCCCAGAGUGCCUUUGUUUUGUUGAUUGUUCUGCGUGUGUGGAUCAUGUCACAUGUCAACUGACAACAAAUGUCAGCUGUGCCUGUCAUUCGCACGCGCACACACACACACACACACUUGCACACAACAGACACGCACACAAUAAGUGUUGCCAUGACAACAAAGGUAUGGCCCAGCCUGGGCUCACUGAACCACGGAGCACAGGAGGGCGUGCGUUUGUUGGCGAUUACAGAAAACCAAAAUCAUAUUUUGCAUUUGACUAAAGGAUGUACAUAUAUAUAUACAUAUAUAAUGUUUUCAGACCUGAAACCACAAAAAAUGUUUGUUCAAAGAACGGACCGAGAUGUUUUUAUAUUCCAGCAGACGGCUGGAAAAGUUGUGAGUUCGACAUUGUUUGAAUUCAUCUAAAGAGGGAGCGACCGUCUCUGUUUGAGCUUUUUUCAGUUUGAUAUUUUGGAUCGUAGAAUUAGGUUGCAGCCCCUCCUCUCUCCUUCCGGACAGACGAGUGCCCUGCGAGACGGGUGGAGCUUCUAUAGUUAAGCAGAUUCAUUUCAUUGGUCAGAUUUUUUUCCUACAGCAGCACAUCCACCGUAUCACUCUUCAGCACACACUGGAUUGAAGCAGAGACUGUUCAAGGACAGCAAUAAGAAACCAAAUAAAAAGGAGCAGAGCCACUCGUCAGAGCAUCAUGUUGGAGACAGAUUCCUCCUCGUUCCAAUCCUGGUUGUUGUAGAAUGGCUGUUUUGUUAAUGAAGUGUAAAAGUGUACAUAAACUUAUUGUAUAAAAUGUUCCUGCCUCUGCAUUUUCCUUCAACAUGUGUUGUGUCUGUUUGUAAUGUCUUUUAUCUACUUUAAUAAUAAAUAAAUGCAUUGUUUAUUAUA